AUGCUUGCCAGGAUAGUUGGUCUUGCCACUGCUGUGCUUGCUCUCAGCAGCACUCUCGCAAACGCACAUGGAGCUCAUUCGGACGAGCAGAAUCCCUCGGGAGACUGGGCAACACGGCAUAUGCAAGAGGAGCACCAUAUUGACAAUUUCGAUGCCGGUUCCUUCUUUACAAUGCACGACUAUGAUUCCUCAGGGGCUUGGACGCCCGAUGAGGUUCGGAAGACAUAUGGUCUUGAUGACGCAUCGACCUCCGCAGUGAGCGAAGAGAAGAAGCAGCAAGCUGUUCGGGAAAUUUUUGCACUCUUCGACCCCGCCAAUACCGGUUCCAUUAGCCGCGACGAUUGGCUGAAUCUGAUCGCAAGCGGUGUUAGACUACCUGAUUUUGGUUUUGGUCCUGGCCAUCAUGGCGAUAUGGAAUAUGAGUACGAGAUCCACCAUUUUGAGAAGUAUCAUGGGGAUGAUGCGAAGGAAGAGGACCUCACGCAUCCUGAAGAUAUCGAACACUUCAAGAAGCAUGAUGAGGAAGAAGACGCCGCGAGUCGUCUCGAGAAGCUCGAGAAAAUGCGGAUUGUCGAAGCGAAUAUCCCGCAGAAAUUCCUCAAGUCGUCCUAA